AUGGUUCCCCUUCGGGGAAAUCUUGGGCGAGCUAGCGGGCGCUGGGCAGGCUUGGGCGUUCAAGUCAUCGGUAACACGGAGUACACGAGGCUGCGAGCUGAGCUUGCCAAGCCCUAUCGAGGCAAUGGCAACGACGAAGGAGGACAAGCCAAGGCACUGGCACUGCCUCGUUUGGCGCGGAAGAGCGUCCUGUUAACGAGGCUUGGAGGGAGGGGGUUCGGUCCCGAGGACGACUCGAGAGCGGGACAGAUCCAAGGCGAGUGCCUGGGCGACAAGUGCCGCUCGCGCCCCGGAAAGAUACUCAGUCCGUAUUUGCCAACCCAACUAUUUUUGCGACUUGCGUGGCGGGUAUAA